GCCAAAAUGGCGACCCAUUGAGGCAUUGCUGUAGUGACCCCAGACUGGAUUCAUCAAGGAGCUCGCAACACAAACAAACCAAGGACAGCUAGACUACCGAAGCAGUUUCACUUCUCCUGGAGCCUGGAAUCUACAAACUCUCUGAGCCACCGUACCAGUAAAAAGAAUCGGAAGAUGGCUACCAAGGACGAGGUACAAAAGAUUGCUGAUGGCCUCGCCGCUACGGCGACGAGCAAUGGCGGCAGCUCCGGUAACAACAGGACAGAUGACUACGUUGACGAAGAUGAUGACCUGAGCGAUGUGUUUUCGACUGUGAAUGACAAUGAAGAUUCUCACGAAGAAGAAAAAAAGACUUCCAAACAGAGAAAGGCGGAAGAAGCCAUGCUGGUUCAGGCAACCCAAGAGAACAAGGCUGUGUGGACAUUCCGUUUGCUGACCACCUUGGUUUUGGUGGUAGUUGCUGUGACCAUCUGCUUGGUCGUGGCCCUCAAUGAGAAGAAUAAUGAGAAGAAGGACUUUGAAACUGCCUUUCAAGAGUUGGGUGGGCAGCUUGUGGCCACUUUUGAGUCUCAUGUGGUCCAGCGCAUGGGAAUUGUGGAUAAGUUCUCCAUGGAACUAACUUCGGAAUGUGAAACUGAUGUCAAUUGUACUUGGCCCUUCGUCACUCCUGCUAACUACCAAGUGCGAGCCGCCAAAUCGGGCGAGCUCGGCAAGUUGGCACAACUCUUUUUGUUGCCCAGGGUCUACACAGAGCUAGAUGAUGAGUGGGUGGCAUAUACACAAGAAAACCAAGGCUGGAUUGUGGAUAGCCUGAGAGCAAACGGUGCAGUAGAACCCAUUGAAGCUGUGCCAGUUCCUCCCUUUGUCUAUAAUAUUGAAGAUGGAAAACCCUCACCCAUGAAUUCCAGCUUGUGGGAUCAGUACUUUCCGAUGUGGGUACAGUGGCCUAUUGCCAAGAGAACGUUCGCGAACUUCAAUCCAUAUGGCAAUGGAGAUGCUGGCAGGCUUCAAAUUGAUGCUGUUUAUGAGACUGGGAUGCCCUCAUUUCCAAGAUCCAUUGAUUGGUGGGAGGAAUUUGACACACGUGACAAAAAUCACAUCUUCAGGCUAAUCAAAUCUGUCUACCCCGACUAUAAUGGAGAUCCAUUGUAUACGGGCUGUUUCCCUGUUUGGAAUAGUGUGGACCCCAAUAAUGAUGAAAAGGAAAUUGUUGGGGUGAUCCAGGGAGGAGUGAUUUGGAACACAUACUUUGAAUCCAUCUUGCCCGAAGGAACCAAGAACAUCACUGUUAUUCUUGAGAAUCAGUGCAACCAGACCUUCACCUAUAAUGUUGGUGGUGAGACUGGAGAAUUCCAAGGGCCAGAAGACUUGCACGACCCCAAGUAUGACUACCUUGAGCUGGGCAGCAACAUCAACGAUGUCAUUGGAAUUGAUCGAGAUCAGUUCACUGUGACUCGCGGAAACUGUGAUUACAGCAUUCGUGUCUACCCAUCCAAUGAGUUUGAGGAGUCCUUCUACACAAACAGACCCACCACUUAUGCCCUGGCCUUGGCCUUUGUGUUCAUCUUCACAUGCUCUGUCUUCCUCCUCUAUGAUCGCAUGGUGGAACUCCGACAAAGGAAGGUUAUGAAGUCAGCCUUACAAUCGGGAAAGUUAGUUUCUUCCUUGUUUCCUGAAGAGGUUCGAAACCGUCUCUUUGAAGAAGAAGAGGCCAAGAAGAAUGCUGAUCAACGGGGCUGGAAAAAGCAACCGUCUGAUGAUGACCUUGCAGAUCUUGCUUCGGUUGCUGCAAAACAGUCCCAUGCCAUUGCCUCUCUCUAUCCUGAAACAACAAUCUUCUUUGCUGACCUUGCUGGGUUUACAAAAUGGUCUUCAUCUCGUACUCCCAUUGAGGUGUUCGACUUGUUGGAGACGGUGUACGGCGAAUUUGACAAAUUGGCCAAGCGAUACAAAGUCUUCAAAGUCGAGACAAUUGGGGAUUGCUAUGUGGCUGUCACUGGUCUUCCCAAGCCUCAAGAAGAUCAUGCGUUGCUGAUGUGCAAGUUUGCCCGCUCGUGCAUGGCUAAGUUCCAGCUUGUGACGGUAGAUCUCUCGGAUACGCUAGGCGAGGACACCAAAUUAUUGGAAAUGAGAGUUGGUCUCCAUAGCGGUCCUGUUACGGCCGGGGUACUCCGUGGAGACAAAGGUCGAUUCCAGUUGUUUGGCGAUAGUGUCAACACUGCCAGUCGAAUGGAGAGCAAUGGGGUGAAGGGAAAGAUCCAUUGCAGUGAAGCUACUGCUGAGGCUUUGCGCAAAGCACGAAAACAAAACUGGCUGGUCCCCAGAGAAGAUAAGAUUGUGGCAAAAGGCAAAGGUGAAAUGCAAACAUACUGGGUUGAAAUGUCUGGGCUAGCAGCAACAAGUACAUCAGGUUCUGUGCUGUCCGGGAUUCAUUCCAUCGAGACCCCAGAACAAAGCACCCCGACACCAUCGUCUCAUGCUUCCAUGCCGCUUCGAAACAAUCCCAACCAGCAGCAGGAUCUAGAGGGAAGCAAAAGUGGCAUUGAGUGCUAGAACUUCCCGUGGCAUCUCCUUUUGAAAACUAUUCCAACUGGGACGGGCGCCAGAGCCUCACUUGCGUGUGAAAGUACGGUACAGUACUAGUGGUAGCAGUGGUGGGCAAUGCACAAGGUCUACAAGCUUACAGUACCGGUACAGUUGGCCAAGAAUGCAAUUGAUGCUCGUUAUCUUUUAAUUAAUGCACAUCGUCACGAUUCGAUUCCCCCAUGAAUUCGUGCUGGAGCACUUGGAACCCC